CUCCAACACCAAAAGCCGUCCAGGACCAACUUGAAGUUGUUACUAUAUCGCCGUGUAGCCUCUACAUUCCAGAUUUGAUAGAACCCCUGCGUUGAGAUAUUGCAUGCCGCCGAUAUUCGCAAGCUCUGAGUCACAUAAUCUUCUGCGAUUUCAUCUCUCAAACUUCACAAUACUUUAUCAACAUAUCAAAAUCUCCUGAAUCUACCAUUUCAGGCUCAUUUCAACACCAAGAGAUCAUCAUGCCUCCACCCCACCUUGACCACAUAGUCAUAUUCGUCCCCUACGCUUCUCUCCAAUCCGUUCCCACCUGGCUCACAACCCACUUCACUGUCUCCCCCGGCGGCCGUCACGGCGACAACAAGACCGAGAACAAACUCAUCCUGCUACCUGACGGCUGCUACAUCGAGCUGAUCGCAUUCAUUGACGACGGCGCUACCUCGCGCGAGGGUCACUGGUGGGGCGACAAGAAGACCGGUAUCGCAGAUCUCGCAUUCACUACAGAAGGCGCCGCUGGGCCUUGCAUAGAUGGUGUAGCUGAGCGACUGACCAAAUCCAACGCAGAGGGUGGACUACAGGUCGUUUACCAACAGCCGCAGCGGGGUGCAAGGAACCGGCCGGAUGGAACGCGUGUGGAGUGGGAGGUUACGUUUCCCACGGGCAAGGGUGUGCAGAGGGGGUUGGCCCCUUUCUUCUGCCAUGAUGUCACGCCGAGGGAUUUGCGAGUGCCAUUGAGAGAGACGAGUGCGAGACAUCCGAGCGGAGCGUAUGGUGUGAAGAGCUUGACGAUUAUGAUUCCAGGAGAGGAGGUUGCAGGAUUGGCGAAGACGUGGGAGGCGAUUUUGGACUCUAAGAAUGAGGGCACGGAGAAAGAGGCGAGGUUCACGGUUGGAAGCGUGCAUAAGGUGGAGGAUACGCCAGACCCGGUUAUCAUUAUCAAAGCGCCGGAGGAGGAAUGGCAGAAGGAAAGAGUGAAAGAUAUGGGCUUUCUGAUUAGCGAUCUGAAGAUUGGCGCUUUCAACACAGUUCUAGCGGGGACUGAAAAGAGAGUGGAUGCAGACGAGGAGUUUGAUUUUGGAAGGAUGCUCUUGGAAUACCCGUUACCGCCUGCUUGGCCGAGAGCGGAUGGAAUGGAAGCGGUGGGACAGAGGGUGUGGAGUGGCCCCCCGGUGCCGUUUCAAGUUUCGCGUACCCACAACGCAAAAGUAGAAGAGGUGAGUUUAAAGAUACAUGCUUAGGAUAAGAACAUAGUAUGAGGCACUUCUGCACCUAUAAUAGAUUUUGACCCUGCUAUCGAGAGAUA